AUGAAGAAUCACCGUGAGCUCGCAGAGCAUGCACAUCAGCAGCAUGCCAACGACGCAGACGAGUUCGUGGUCGAGACCAUCAACUUCCAAAGUCUACAAGAUUAUCAGAGCUGGAAGUUAGCCUCGGAGGAAUCGGAUGUGAUAAGCCGGUUCACAGCUAAGUCAGAGACUACGGAAUUCGGCAGAACCACAUAUUUACGCUGCCACUGCUCUUUCCGCGCAGGCUCUGUCCCAGCGAAAACGAAAAAGUCUGUGGAGCAUUGCACAGCGUAUAUGAACGUGAGAGAGAAAACUGAUGGUGUGACAGUUGAACACUGUCUCACCCAUAUCGGACAUGAAGCCCGCCCAUCUCAGCUGAGACUUGAUAACAAUGCUGAGCAGUUUAUAGUCUCGCUGCUACGGGAUGGUCUGACCAUCCGACAGGUUUACAAUAAAAGGCGAGUUGAUGCCAACUUGCAAUCUAAUGGCAUCCAGUUCUACAGGCCAGCACGAGACGCCAGCGGAGAUGGAUUCGUGCAGGUCGUCAUAAAUCCAACGCAGAAAGAGUGGCUCCGAAAGUAUGGACAGAGGGCGUUAUGUGUGGACGAUACGUUCAACCUAACGUCUUAUUCGCUAAGAUUAGCCACUGCAAUUGUCGCAGAUGAAUGGGAUAGAGCUCUCCCAGCUGCGUACCUCCUCUCUUAUAGUAAAGUGUUUCCAUCGUCGUGGACUAAACGGCUGUUAUGCCUAUGGCACGUACAACAAGCCAUGAAGAGGAAUGCUAUUGCGAAACUGGUUAACCGUGACCUCAGCGAGCCAUUCCUCAGGAAAAUGCGAGACAUCUGUCUUGUUCGCGAAAGAAGUGUCUUUGUAACACAAUACACAUCAAUGUUGAAGUAUCUUCUUGAAAAUGAUGAAAGCACGCUCGCGUCAUACAUGGAAAACACAUGGAGCAAUAGAAUGGACCAAUGGGCAGCCUUCGGGCGGCUGGGAUCUUGUGUCAGUACUUCUAUGCUCUGUGAGCGUUUCCAUAAAAAACUUAAGCAUGAGAUGUUGGAAGGGAAAGCAAACGUGAGGAUAGACAGACUCCUCCAACUACUCAUUGCCCUUACGACCGAGUUGGAAGAGGACCGGGAGAUUAUGAAGGAGAGAGGAGUGGAGGAAGGAAGGUACAGGCUCCAGCAACAUCACAAGGCGAACACGCCGGCUGUCAACAAAUAUUGUGGGCAGCAGCAACUUGUCACUGUUGUUGGUCUUGGAACCUGGGAAUUGAAAGAGAACGUUCAACGAUCAUUGCCGAAGAGAAGGGUGUGGUGCAUGCCCUUAUGCGUUUGCUUGCACCUGUCCUAUGGAUGUGAAAAGUGGAAUGCUGUGUGCUGUUCUGAACUUUGUGUACGCAACGUGCGAGAUGGCGUGUCCUCGGUAGUUGAUGGAGAAGUUGAAAACGAGCAUAAUGGACCGUACAGCAGCGACGGAGACGAAGAGAUGAUGGAAGUAGUGGUGGAAGAUGAUGUGAAAAACGAGUCGGUCGCAAGAAGUUCGACAGAAUUAAUUUACGCAUAUGUUUGUCUUGAACCAAAAAUAUACGUUUGGAUGUAUGCAUCAACUCGUGAAAGUAUGCUUAAAGUGAUGAGAGAACUAACGGAAGGCACGGGAAUGGAGAUAGAGCAGGUGCUGAAGCAAAUGGACAAACCAACCAAGAGGUUAGGCUUGUUGGCAGAGAAUGUUGGAAGGAACGGAGACACUGCUCGACGAAUUGUAUAUCGAUGGGAUGCCGGGUCAGGAGAAGGCUCAGUCACUACCGAUGCUCGCCGUCAUGACGUACCUUCGGUCGGCUGCCCUCAAGCGCUGACUCCGAUAAGGAAACUACAUAAGCGUGCCCACUUACGCAAAGCAGAACAGGCUAAGCGAAAGCCAGUCCUGGACAUUCCAGACUGUGCGCAAGACGAGAGGGACGCGUGUGCUGUAUGCCUUCGGAUGCAGCCUAUCACUGGUAGCACAAACCAUCAAAUUUGUUGGAUUCAAUGUCCAACAUGCGAAGACUGGAUGCAUACCGACUGUAUCAGCAAAAACGUGUGCCCUCGCGACGGAGCAGAGUUGCGGAGAAGUGAUGUGUAG